AUGGCGCGGCCAAUCCAGGUGAAGCCCGCGGACAGCGAGAGCCGCGGAGGUAGUUGUCAUCUCUCCCGCCCCCCUGGGGACCGGAAGCUGUUCGUGGGCAUGCUGAACAAGCAGCAGUCGGAGGAGGACGUGCUGCGGCUCUUCCAGCCCUUCGGGGUCAUCGACGAGUGCACGGUGCUGCGGGGCCCGGACGGCAGCAGCAAAGGCUGUGCCUUCGUGAAGUUCGCGUCCCACACGGAGGCGCAGGCGGCCAUCCACGCGCUGCACGGCAGCCAGACGAUGCCGGGAGCCUCCUCCAGCCUCGUGGUCAAGUUCGCGGACACUGACAAGGAGCGGACGCUGCGGCGCAUGCAGCAGAUGGUGGGCCAGCUGGGCGUCCUGACGCCGUCCCUGGCUCUGCCCUUCAGCCCGUGCAGUGCCUAUGCCCAGGCCCUCAUGCAGCAGCAGACGACCGUCCUGGCCACCUCGGGCAGCUACCUGAGCCCCGGCGUGGCCUUCUCGCCCUGCCACAUCCAGCAGAUCGGGGCCGUGAGCCUGAACGGGCUGCCUGCUGCGCCCAUCCCGCCUGCCUCUGGGCUGCACUCGCCACCGCUGCUCGGCGCGGCCGCUGUGCCCGGCCUCGUGGCCCCCAUCACCAACGGCUUCGCGGGGGUGGUGCCCUUCCCCGGCGGGCACCCCGCGCUGGAGACCGUGUAUGCCAACGGCCUGGUGCCGUACCCAGCUCAGGGCCCCACCGUGGCGGAGACGCUGCACCCUGCCUUCUCGGGAGUCCAGCAGUACACAGCCAUGUACCCCGCGGCGGCCAUCACGCCCAUCGCGCACAGCGUCCCGCAGCCACCGCCAGUUCUGCAGCAGCAGCAGCGAGAAGGUCCCGAAGGCUGUAACCUGUUUAUCUACCACCUCCCCCAGGAGUUUGGAGACGCGGAGCUGACCCGGAUGUUCCUGCCUUUUGGCUUCGUGAGCUUUGACAACCCCGCCAGCGCCCAGACCGCCAUCCAGGCCAUGAACGGCUUCCAGGUCGGCACCAAGCGGCUCAAGGUGCAGCUGAAGCGGCCCAAAGACCCGGGACACCCCUACUGACCGCCCCACGCCGCCCGAGGCUGCGGCCUGGCCCAGGUUGGGGCCUCCCCGCCCCGGGCGGCUCCCCGCUUCCCAC